CUCCCUAGUCCCUCCACCUUUCCACCACACAACACAUCGUCGCUCUCGCCAGUGGAAAUUGAUGUGUUCUCUGCCUGUUGUUUUCCGUUCUCUCCUUGUGCAGGCUGCUGAAAGACUGAGAAUGGAACACUGCGGGGAACAAGACCUAUGAAGCGGUACAAAGCGUAAAAGGUCACAAGAAGAAGAAGAAGCCACCCUGACGGCGCCCUCCAUGUAAACAAACGCUGGGCGUAGAAUGAGUCGCCGAGUUGGUGAUCGCUUGCUUGAUAUAUGUUUUGGAGGGUGCAUAGUGUGAGAGGGAAAGAGUAGAAACUGAGAAAACUUACAGGAGGAGACAUGCAAGGAACCGUUGUUAGGAAGACUUGCUCAUAAUCAGUAUUUACGUCAUCUGUGGUGGUGUUAGUGUUGUGAGCGGCAAGGCAGCUGCUAUAGUCAGUUUUGUAAAGUAUAGAGGAUAUCAAUGUGCAGACUCAAGAAAAGGCCGUAAGCUUCUCAGAAUUACCGGGAGAACUAUCACACAACACUCAUCUCACCAUGGGUCUGGAGCCAGUGACGAGCAGCAAGGCGGGCACCAUCCGCUCCCUGCUCAUCCGGGCCUGGAAGGAGCGCUGGUCUGACCUGCAGUGGGGAAUACACAUCAAGACGGUUUUGCCCCGUGCUGUUAGUGGUGACAUCUACCAUUUGGCAGAUUAUAUUCUCCAGCAAGCACUCAUGGGACCCCUGCCCAACACCCUCAUCCUCUCUUACCUCAGGCAUUCUCUCAGUUCUCAGAUUGUGUCCUAUGGAGGUGUAAUUGAAAGUAUCAGCAAAUAUGAUGGACUGCACAAACCUCACUGUGUCCAUGCCUUGCUCACCCUCUUGCAGUCCAUGAUGAAAAGUGUAUCCUGUCGUGGCAAACCAGAAGACUGUCUGAUGCUUGCAACUUCCAUUGUGGAUGGGGUGAAGUGGCUUGUGCAGGUGAUGGGGUGGACUACACAACAACUGUUGGAUCUGCGCACAGCUCCUGAACAUUCCACCAAUCUUAGUCUGGCUGCCUCAAUUCUCCUCGACAUCCUCAAUUCUCCUUUCCUUACCUGCAUGUUGGAAAUUGGUCGACGAGAGGAACCAAGUACAUGGGGAACCUGCAUAAAGAAAAUGGUGGAGGUGGAAACUCUUCUGGCUGGAUCUGGUGGAGUCAUUGAGAAUAAAGACAUUCUCAUUAAAAGUGUUUGCCAGUUGCGGGACCAUCAGCCUCUUGAUAGCAUUGGCAAUAAACAUAAGUUUGACAGCAGCACCAAUCCCAUGUGUCAUGCCAUGCACAGCCUUGUGAUGCUGGAAGUCAUCACACACACCACUCGGGAAGCCUCAACCUUUGCUCAUCAGCUUUUGCUACUACAGCAACUUCAAGGACUCAGCACAAUGGAGCUGUAUUUAGAACUUCUACGAAGCAGUUUCCUAGGUUUGAGUUGUCCAGAGUAUCACCCAUAUCAAGAACUGAAGUGGGUUGGCUUCACAUUCAUUAAAGUCCCCACUAUCCUGUACACCAUUCAUGUGGCACUCAGUGGAGAAUCAGGAAGUGGUGAAUCAGAAGACUUACUCAAUGCUUUGGAGCGCAUCUCCCAGCUAACUGUCCUGCUGGAUCAAGUUGACUUGCGCAUUAACUGCAAUUGUCUUGAAUAUCUCCUGAAUGAACUGGUAAACAAGACAAGUCUUAUAUCUGAGAGGGAUGCUCAAGCCAUCAUUGCAGUAAGAGUUCAGGAGUCUCAAGUGCUGGCCAACAUUCAAAACAGUGAUGCUCAAGGCCCACAUCCUGGCAAUCCUAAUCUAAUCCUGCGUGCCCAACCUACCGUCACCAGCAUUCUCAAAACCCUCAGCAACAAGAAUCAGGACUCAGUCUUGCCUGUAAUGAACCUGCUCAUCAGUGGCAAGAGCAGGGACUUGCUGCUGGCUGCUGCUGCUGCAUCAGGAAGUCUCCAUAUAUUCGCACAGAAAUUUGUGAAAUAUAAUGAACUUAGCAUGGAUCCCCAGCCAGGCGAGACUUCAAAAAUGGCUAUGAACCGUGCCCUGAUGUUUGAUAUCUCCUUUCUGCUGCUGUGCCACAUUGUUCAGCUUUAUGGCAUUGAUGUGGUGGUGUCAGAGAAGUGUGAGACUUUUGUGGAGCAGUGGAUGAAGGACAACAUGCCUGAGCUGGGUCGGGUGAAGGCGCCUCUCAUGGCCACACGCACUGACCAGAAUGCUGUUGAGGAAUUCAUUCGACAAGUCAAUGUGAAGGAACUGGAGAUCAAAUAUAAUUUGAUGCGUUGGAGUGAAGUGUGCCAAGUGGCAGCCGUGGCCUUGAGAGAAGUAAUAACAGCAGCCCAGCAAGGAGCCUUUCCCAUACAGCAUGUCAAGGAUCAGCUUGAUCGCCUCUGCUACCACCUCUGCAGCCUCCCCAUCUGUGUAGCCACCUGGCUCUGCUCCCAUGUACAGGUUGUGGAUGCAGAACAAGCAGUGGAACCUCUUAAUUUCCUUCAUUACCUCCAAACUUCCCUUGGAGAACAUGACCAGACCACCCCAACACUUGAUAACUUCAAGGACAGGUCAAUGCUAAUGUUGCAGGUCAUAGAGAACAUGGUGCAGGUUAUGAAGGGUGGCAUUCAGCCCACCAGUAGUUACACUAAUGCCAAUAGAAAUAGCAACUUGGGAGCAGGAGAGGCAGUACCUUCAACAUUCUUGUCUUCUGAUGAACCUCUGUCCCAUUUGCUUCGAUCUACAUGGGACCAAGUAUUUCCAGGAGGAGUGAUAUCUCAUCAGGCACUGGCCACCUUCAGGGACCUUAUGAGGCUUGGUGGCACCAGGUGGUUUGUGUGUGACAUCAUCAAAGCUGGCAUGCAAAGCGUCUUCCACUCUGACCUCACCCGGGCCAUGGAUCUGAUUUACGGAUUGCUGCACCAGGAUGUUGUGGGCUGCACCCUUAGUCUUUUGGUUCAUGCUUUACCCUUGUAUAUAUCUGGACCUUGUACUGGUGAGCUGAUAAGCAAACCCCGUACUGAAGCUCUGGCACGCCUCACAGUAAGCAUGAUCAUAUCUGCCUGGCUGGCAGUGCAGCAACCCCCAGUCAAGAAUGAGCCUGGAGCAUCCGUCACUAUUAAUCUAGCAAACAAUGGAAAUGGGAGCCGGAAGAGAACCUACCACGACCGAGAACUGGAAGAUUUGGAGUCUGAUUUGCAGCUGCACUCUGCCGAUCUGGCUAUUGCUCGGGGAACUCCAGGGCUCACCAAGGAUGGAACCUCAUUGUUGGUGGCCGUCCAAUCUCUCUUAACUCUCAUGACACAGGUGAGCCGUGCUGGUGUGGUAAGCCCGGUAACGCAGCUGGUGGUGAACAUCUUACAUGAACUCAUUGCUGCUCCAUACAGCCACACCCUCCUCACCCUCACACCACCAGCGUUACUUCCAAACCUUGUGCCACUUCUAUCUCCUCCAGAUGCAUUCACAUAUGCAGAACUUCUGGCCAUUACUGCUCCCAAGGCACCAUCUUUGCCAGAAAUAGGCAAAGAAUUUGUUGGUGAUUCCAUUGGCGCUCAGACUCCAGCACAAGCAGCAGGGGCAAGACGAGCAGCAGCUAAACUCUUGUGUGUCCAGCGUAACUUAUGUCUUGCCAGUGAGUCUGCCCUCUACCCAAUCAUUUCAUAAACAAUAUGAAAUUUCAAAGCCAAAGUACCUGAUAGCCUGUUUGAUGACUGCUUUUAUUCAUGCCAUCUUAUUUCUUAUUUAUGAGAUGUGCUAAAUUCAAGUCCAGGAAAUAGGUGAUGGUGCUUUUUUAUUGAACUUAAAAAAGUAUUAUAUGCAUUAAUUUUUUUCUAUGAUGUGCAUAAUGAAAUGUAAGGAAAAAGACCAGUCAGCAGAAGAAUUAAUAUUUAUUUUACAUUUUGGUGAUAAAUGUAUAAAUACUAGUUUCUUCAUAGUAAUGUUUUGACACAUGAACAUAACAUUCUAAAGUGACAUGAGUUGGCUGAGUGGACUACGUGCAAAAAUACGAAACAUAUUGGUGGUUUCAGUCAUACAGCCAACCAUGUCUCACACAACCCUUCAAGCGAUAAACAGAACACAAUUUCCACAAUUCAGAAGAAAAGGAACUCCCUUCUCUGUGGAAAGAUUGCUACAGCUUGUUUACAGCUCUAUAUUUGCUUACAGGUAUAUAAAAUUGUUUUGUGCUCCUUUUUUUUUUCUUUUUUACUACUGCCACUGUGCUCAUGUCUAAGUUUUUUUUGAAAAGGAAAGUCUUUUUCUGUGUGUGUGAAGGAAAAUCACUUAUGUUUUGCAUCUAGAGGAGCACCACCAGUACAGUAUGAAGUAAAUUAAAUAUGAUUUUGUAGAAGUAAAAUGGAAUGGUUCUCUGUUGGCAGAAGUGAUUCAGAUAGUAAUUUCCUACAUGUAUGUGCUUUUUUUCAUGAAUUAGUGUUGCUGUACCUGAUUUCUUUAAUGAUUCAUAUGCUAUUAUGAUAAUGAUAAAUUAAUGUGCCUUUGAUGUCUUUAUUAAUAUAUUGCUAUCAGAAAGUAAGUGGCAGUGCAGCUAGAUGUAAACAACAUAUGGAGGAAAUUCAAUGUCACCUUAAAUGAGAUCAAAUACAUAUCACAUUUAUAUUUGUAA